AUGGUUAGAUCAUUUGGUACCAAGUAUAGAGGUAAUUUUGCACGUGGUCGAGGUAUAUCUGGAUCACGUCGUGGGAACAGUCUCGGAGGUUUUAGAAAGUCAAGUAUUGCAAAUGGAAAUGCAAAGAGGAGACAAUCUCUUAGUAGCUCGACAACUAGCCGUAGUCGAAUAUUUGAGGUACAUGGUGGUCGUAGAGUAAAUACAAGUAUUGGGCGUCUAAAUAAACGAAAGACACUUCGUCCAGGUAAUAAUAGAAAUAUUACAAAUAUAGGUAAACCUGGAUUUGGAAGAAGACAAACUAACACUAGGGGUAAAUUUAGUACUAGAGGUAAUAUUAGUAAUAAUGUAAGGAGAGGAAGGAGUGGUAUGAGAGGAGGUCGUGGCAAAGGUAGAAAUGGGAAAGGAAAUAAUAGAAUAUCUCAGAAAACAACAAUGGCUUCUUUGGAUGCUGCGCUAGAUAGUUAUAUGGGUGUUGAUGCUUGUAAAGCUCGUCUAGACUCUCAACUUAACUCCUAUUUUUCAGGUCAGAUUGAUAUGAGUGGUAAUGAUAAUGUAAUGGCAUCAGAAUCAUCUCAACAACCAAGUCUGAUUACUUUGUAG